UAAGGGAUACUGUAUAGUAAUUAUGAAGGCUAUGCAGCUUCUGGUGUUAAGAGAAAGUGUUAAAACUGAGCCUAUGCUAUUUAUAUAAUUAGAAACUGUCGGAGCACAUGUAUGGAAAACUUGAGAAUAGCGUGCCCUUUGAGAAAAUAUAAGAGGUCUGUUCAACCGGGAAAUAAUAUGUGGUUGAUAGACUGUAAACAAUCUACAUCUUCAACUCAGUAUAUCUCCAUUUAUACCUAUCUUCCAUUCCACUAGUAUCAACAUGGGACCAAUCCACUGGAGCGUCCUUGUCCUUUGCUCGGCCAAGUAUGCUAUUGGUCUUCGCAUACCUCAAGAGACCGGACAGCCGUCUCCCACGCAGGUCCAAUAUACUACCAGCACCGUCUUGAGGCAGAGAGAUUGUUUUGACAUUGGUUCCAAUGCCUUCGGCGGGUCAGCAGAUUGCGUGAGCUUGGGGAAUCCAAUACUCGUGUCAAUCCCGAUAACGGCGCAAGUCCUCACAGAUAGUAUUCCUACGACGACUGUUCAAACGCUUCCACCGUGUAGCCACUUAGAUUUCGGCGAAGGUAUUGGUCAAACUGGCGGUGCAACUACCGUUACGGGCUCUGGGUGUCAGGGCUUCCCUACUGAUCAGAGUGUAGCCUUUGUUUUGGACACCGCUUCAUAACAUGGGAUAUGUGGUUGAUGCAAGGAUAUGGUAUGCCAUAAGUCAAAGGGGAUAAGAGGAUAAGGGAAGAUUUAUACGCCUUGCAUAUGCUUUCAAUUGAGAUAUGGAUUUGUACCUAUCUAAGCCAAUCGUUAAGCUAAAUGGAAACUAUUCUGCUAGCGUCC